UGGAAGUGCUGACAGAUCAAGGCAACAAAUUUCAAUUACAAGCCCUAAUUUGUGUCCGCAGAGUGUUCGUUACCCAUGUCAGAGCUGUUUGGCCCCUCAGACGCGGCAGAGCUUGCGGGAGGAGAGCAGAAGGCGGGGGAGCCAAGAAGGAGAAGCGCCUCUCGUGCGAGGAGGCACCGCGGCUGGGGCUUGGGAAGAGAGCGCGCCGGAGAGACCCGGGCAGAAAGCCGCGCUCCAGCCUCCGCCGGCCCGCCGCACGUUGGAUGUAAAAGCCGGAGGCGAAGAGGCGGAGGGGGAGAAGUUCUCGGUGCGGCCUGGACGGAGGCAGAGGGAGAGGCGAGGAGGGCGCUGCCGAGCCCGCCGGCCCGGCCAUGGCCGAGAAAAGGAGAGCGUCGCCGUGCCCCAUGCUGAGCCUCAAGGCGCACGCCUUCUCCGUGGAGGCCCUGAUCGGAGCCGAGAAGCAGCAGGAGCCGCAGAAGCGGCGGAAGCUGGGCGGCGAAGAGGGAGGCAGCAGCAGCCUCGGCGACACAAGCUCAGGCGAAGGCGCGGACGGCGAAGGCGCAGCGGUGCAGUCCGGCGCUGGGGCGGGCUCCGCUGCAGCCGACGGCGAGCAGAGCUGCGGCGCCCGGGCACUGCCGAUCGGCGGCUGUGAAGAGAGUUUCUUGAGGACCACGUCACCCCCCUUGUCACCCGGAGGUCCUGCCAAGGCAGCCGGUUCGAGGCCCGCUUCUCCUUUGCUCGCCCCGCAGAUACCUCGGGUGGAUCUGCAAGGCGCGGAGCUCUGGAAGCGCUUCCACGAGAUCGGCACAGAGAUGAUCAUUACUAAGGCGGGAAGACGGAUGUUUCCUGCAAUGAGAGUGAAAAUUUCAGGUCUAGAUCCACAUCAACAAUAUUAUAUUGCUAUGGACAUUGUCCCAGUGGAUAACAAAAGAUACAGGUAUGUUUAUCACAGCUCCAAAUGGAUGGUGGCUGGUAAUGCUGACUCACCUGUGCCGCCUCGUGUAUACAUUCACCCAGAUUCACCUGCCUCAGGGGAAACUUGGAUGAGGCAAGUCAUCAGCUUUGACAAACUGAAACUUACAAACAAUGAAUUGGAUGACCAGGGCCAUAUUAUCCUCCAUUCUAUGCACAAGUACCAGCCACGUGUUCAUGUUAUUCGGAAAGACUGUGGAGAUGACCUGUCCCCAGUCAAACCCAUUCCUUCAGGGGAGGGGGUGAAGGCAUUCUCCUUUCCUGAAACAGUUUUCACAACUGUUACAGCAUACCAGAACCAACAGAUCACCCGGCUCAAGAUUGAUAGAAAUCCAUUUGCCAAAGGAUUUAGAGACUCUGGACGUAACAGGAUGGGAUUGGAAGCUUUAGUGGAGUCUUAUGCAUUCUGGAGACCCUCACUGAGGACCCUUACAUUUGAAGAUAUACCUGGGAUUGCUAAACAAGGAAAUGCUGGCUCCUCCUCUUUGCUCCCGGGAACUGGCACUGGAGUACCAACCACUCAUCCCCAUCUCCUCCCUGGGUCUCCUUGCUCUUCUCCAGCGUUCCAUCUCGGUCCCAACACUAGCCAGCUCUGCAGCCUCACUCCAGCUGACUAUACAGCUUGUGCCCGUUCGGGGCUAGCUCUUAACAGAUACAGCACUUCCUUGGCUGAAACCUACAACAGGCUUACCAAUCAAACCACUGAGACCUUCGCUACCCCAAGAACUCCCUCUUACGUUGGCGUAUCAAAUAGUUCAACUGUGAACAUGUCUGUGAGCGGCAGUGACAGUGAUGGCUUUAGCUGUCCGCAGACGGGCUUGUCGAUGCAGAUUUCAGGAAUGUCUCCACAGCUCCAGUAUAUUAUGCCUUCCCCAUCAGGCAACACCUUUGCCACAAAUCAAGCCCACCAGAGCUCCUACAACACUUUCAGACUGCACAGUCCAUGUGCUCUUUAUGGAUACAACUUCUCCACAUCCCCUAAACUGGCUGCCAGUCCUGAGAAAAUUGUUUCUACCCAAAGCAGUUUCUUAGGGUCGUCGCCAAGUGGAACCAUGACUGAUCGGCAGAUGUUGCCCCCUGUGGAAGGAGUGCACUUACUUAGCAGUGGGGGGCAGCAGAAUUUCUUUGACUCAAGGACCCUAGGAAGCCUAACACUGUCAUCAUCUCAAGUUUCUGCACACAUGGUUUGAUAAAGCCUUUAAAAAAUAAAAAAUAUAUAGUGCAUUAGUUUUUACAAUGUAUUCCUUUUUGGAUUACACAAAGAUGACGUGCCUUAUAAGGUGUUUCUGUAAAAAAAAAUAAUCACAGAAAGUUUUUGAGUCCUUUGACUGGCCUAUGGGCAGAUAUUUGGAUAUGCUUGAGGGUUCUGAGUUCAGCUGCAUUUCUUUGCAGAACAGCCCAAUUUAGUUUCCGGGUAGCAUACUCUUCAUUUUAUAAAACACAUUUGGCCAUGUGCAACAAAUUAAGCAAGACUUCCUCCAGCAUUCUGUUUUCCACAUUUUUUAAAGAACAAAAUAGCACUCAGGUCCGAUUUAGAUUAAACACACAAAUAUGUAUAUCUACCAUUUUAUAACAGCUAUCCUUAAAGUGUUCACAGCUACCACAGUGAACUGAUGCUGCAGGACAUGUGUUAUUUCUCUGUUGUAGGAGAGAUAAUAACGUGUGCACACUGAUUAGGCUAAGUCUAGAAGUCUAACUGAUUUUUAAAAAUAAAUAAAUAAAGGGACAGGAUAAUUUUCCUUCUCAAGCUUUAUGGAGUGUCUUGGAUUUUCAGUGUGGAGCCCUUGCUGUUAGAAAGCAGAGGAACACCUGCUGCUGGCCUUGCAUCAUUAACAAGGGAUUGCAAAUGGCGGGGGUGACAGUCUAAA